AAAGGUAGAUCAGCGAGAGCGUACUCAGCCACGGUAACAACAAUCAGCACUAACUCCCGUUUUAACGAGAAGGACCGACACACUUCACCGUGUGACGCCUUUUAUACCAACCCUCCGGCAGUGUUUGAGUUCAUUCCAGGACGGUAACCCACCGUUAAUCUUGCGGAUAUUAUUUCUUUUUUUGCCUUUUUCACCAAAGAGAGAAAAAGGUCGGUGUCCGGAUGUGCCAGCAGUGUUGGGUUUUUCGCAUGGCGUAGGCACCUUUUUUUUUCUACAGCAGGAUAUUCUUGAUGUUUGGAGGGUCCCAGGAGGCCCUCGGGUCGACAUCUUAUCCCCAUUAACAUUAUCCACACUUCCGAAAUUAACCGAUUUCUGAGGGAAAUGAGCCACGACAUGAUUGUGCAAUAAGAGAGGAGGAAGCGUUGUAACACGUCUCGACUACCUCCGUGUUGUGACUGUGGAGAGAGCAAGUCACCAGGAAUAAACUCUGCUUUUUUUCCUUUUUCUUUACACGACGCGCCUUUUCAGAGCUUGUGAGAGCUUUUACAAGACAGACGACAAAAAGGGGAAAUAUAUUUGCCCCCUCGUGUUGUGUGAGUGUGAGUGUGUGUGAACCGGGACCGGGAAAACCUUCACGAUGACGGGCAGUACCCCAGCAGACAUGAUAAACCUGCGGCUUAUCUUAGUCAGCGGGAAGACGAAAGAAUUCCUCUUCUCUCCCAACGACUCAGCAGCAGACAUUGCCAAACAUGUCUAUGACAACUGGCCGAUGGACUGGGAGGAAGAGCAGGUCAGCAGUCCUAACAUCCUGAGGCUGAUCUACCAGGGACGUUUUCUACACGGAAACGUAACACUAGGAGCUCUCAAACUGCCCUUGGGGAAGACCACAGUGAUGCAUUUAGUUGCCAGAGAGACUUUGCCUGAGCCAAAUUCCCAAGGUCAGAGGAACAGAGAGAAGACUGGGGAGAGUAACUGCUGCGUCAUUCUGUAAAUACACACCUCCACCGUCAGGCCCUCCAUCCUUCUCAUCUGUUCUCGCCCUCAAUGUCCAGGACCUAAUGAGCUUUGUCCCCUGUCCUGGAACCUGUCCACAAUGCAGAUAUGCAUACAGACAAACACACACUCUCUUCUUUUUUUCCUUUUUCUUUUUUCUUCCCCCUGUUUUCACAUGCAUACAUAAAAAGACAGCAGGCUCAGGCUGAUCCAGGACAUGAGUGCUGGGAGCAGGAAAUUGAUUAACAAUAGAGUUGAUUCCUUUGUUGUACUUGAUUUGUUGUCAUAACUGAAAAAUUAGAGGAAGGAACUGGAUUUGCAUAUGUUUUUUUUUCUUUCUUAAUGCACACCUUUUUAAGCCUUCUGCCAUUGAAAAUGUAUAUAUAUAUAUAUAUAUAUAUAUAUAUAUAUAUAUAUAUAUAUAUAUAUAUAUAUAUAUAUAUAUAUAUAUGAACAGCAGACACACAUCUUGUCCAGCCAUCCACAGCCGGUCUGUUAAAGGUCUAACCGGCUCCUCAUUUUAGCUGGUUGUCAUAGUAAUGCAGUGCCAGGGUGGUGUGUGUGGCCUUGUUUUGCCAUACAGAUCGCUGAGAAUUUUAACCACUAACAACUCACCAAUAUACUGUACGGACACACACAUACAUACACAUAAACACACACACUAUGACACCCCGUCUACACAUCCUACCAUAUGUGCUUGUGUGAUCUCCCUCAGUGCAGCAGACGAAGCUUAGACGUGCCUGACCAGAGAACUCAAACCAGGACACACACACACACACACACACACACACACACACACACACACACACACACACACACACACACACACACACACACACACACACAUAUAUAUACCUGUGUCCUUUUUACUGCCCUGCUCUGCACAUGCCCUUAAAGUGCACAAUAGAGAAAUUAUUCCUUUCUUUUUUGGUCUGCAGAGCACUGUACAGUAGAGACCGAACACAUCCUUCUCUCUGUCAUCACAUUUAAGCCAAACAAAGCCUAACAAACAAACAAAUAGACAAACAACCAGUGUUGGCAGUGUUGUUUUGUAUUACUUGUUUGUCCAUGACAUUUGUGACUGUGUUUUGACAGUCCAUAUUACUGACCGACCAGUGUUGUGAUUAAUAAAGACGUCAGUUUUCUUCCCUCCCUGAUGCACCAUCCUUCUCUCCGCCUCUCUUGUUUCCGCCUCCCUGACAGCAGUAAGGGAUAAGCUUGUUGUGCUCCUUUUUUAACAGUGUUGUGAAGGAUCUCUGACAAUUGCUGUCCAAGCAGGGAAAUUAACUCGGAAUGGACAUGUUCCUUAUUUGUCUUAAUUCGCUCCUUACUCUCCUUAAUUCUCUCUCUCUCUCUGCAUUAAUAAGUCCAUUUUGCACAACUGAAGCAUGUGCUCCUUCAUCAGAUUAAUAAAAAUGUAUAAAAGUUUUAUUGUUUUAUUUUAUAUUUUUCCAAGGGAAGUAAUGUUCCAAACUAAGGUAACAUGUGUAGAAUAUAUUUAAUAUGAAUCUUAUAUAGAUCAUGAUGACUCUAGAUCUUGUUGAUAUACAGUAUAUUGGUGUUUAGUCUGAUUGUGUAUAUGGUUAGCUUCUAGCCAGUUCACAGUCACUCGCUGACAAUGUCUUGUGCUUAACAGCAGCAGAAACUCCCUAAUCAUCGACAGACUGUAUUUUUAUUUUCUUUCUUCUGUGCUCUUUUAUUAUUUUCUUUCAUUUGUUUAUAAUUUAAUGUAAUCAUUUUUAUUUGUGGUUUUUUGCUUUAAAGAAUCGCUUUGUAACAGCACUAGGUCUUAAAAAAAAAGAAUAUUGUUUAUAUUGAUCAGGGUUCAAAUCUGUACAGAGAUAAACGUUUUCAAAACCAAUUGUAAAUAGCACUAAUGCUCCUCUUCCCCUCCUCCAGACUUCAAAAUGGAAUACAUCUGUAAACUAAAUAAAGGUUAUUGAAGUGUA